GGAGGUUGAAUGCGGGACACCUAUCCUGUUUUUGCCUCAGCCCCGAGAACAAGAGCGGAAACUGCAGCAGGAGAAGCUCUCCGGGGUGGUGAAGAGCGUACAUCGGCGCCUGCGCAAGAAAUACCGGGAAGUGUGCUCUGCAUGGUGCCAUCCUUGAAGAGUAUCUGGAAGGGUCAGAUGGUGCAAAAUGUAUUUCGGGGGCCCCAAGGAUGGCACAGUGGGUGACUUCGAUAAAAUAUGGCGUGAACAUUGUGAGGAUGAAGAAACUCUCUGUGAAUAUGCUGAAGCAAUGAAAAACCUGGCAGAUAAUCACUGGACUAAAACUUGUGAAGGAGAAGGUCGCAUUGAAUGGUGCUGCAGUGUGUCCCGGGAAUAUUUUCAAAAUGGUGGAAAACAGAAAGCACUGGAAAAAGAUGAGAAAAGAGCAGCUCUUGCUACUAAAAGCAUUCAAACUACCAGCGUUCAUCCAAGUUCAAAAAUGGAAGUUUCUACUGAUAAUUUAAGCCAUAGUUCUAUAAUGGAUGAAUUGUUGCAUCCUUCAGGAAAAAUAAGAUUACUUGAUGUUGGCAGCUGUUUUAAUCCAUUUUUGAAGUUUGAAGAGUUUCUGACUGUUGGUAUUGAUAUUGUCCCAGCUGUUGAGAGUGUCUACAAAUGUGACUUUUUAAACCUUCAGAUUCAUCAACCUCUUCAACUUGCACAAGAUGCCAUUGAUGCUUUUUUGAAACAGUUGAAGAAUCCUAUUGAUUCCCUGCCUGGAGAACUAUUUCAUGUUGUGGUCUUUUCCCUCCUCCUUUCUUAUUUCCCUUCACCCUAUCAGCGGUGGAUAUGUUGUAAAAAAGCCCAUGAACUACUUGUAUUAAAUGGAUUGCUCUUUAUUAUCACUCCUGACUCUUCCCAUCAGAAUCGCCAUGCUAUGAUGAUGAAAAGCUGGAAAAUUGCUAUAGAAUCUUUAGGGUUUAAACGUUUCAAAUACUCAAAAUUUUCUCAUAUGCAUUUGAUGGCCUUCAGGAAAAUCUCACUCAAAACAACAAGUGACUUGGUGAGCAGGAACUACCCAGGGAUGUUAUACAUUCCCCAGGAUUGUAACACUGUGGAGGAGGAGGAAUUUUCUAAUAAUUCCUGCUAUAUCCGAUCAGAUGUUGAAGAUGAACAACUGGCCUGUAGCUUCAUGGAGCUACCAGAUGCUCCUUAUGAUUCAGAUUCCGGAGAAAGCCAGGCUAGCUCUAUACCGUUUUAUGAACUAGAAGAUCCUAUAUUGCUUCUAAGUUAAUGUAACAAUUAAAAUCUGCUUCAGAGUCCAAACUCCCUUUCCCAUAAAACUAAUUUUGCAAAAUUGACAUCUGCUCUGCAAAUGAAGCAUUUACAAAAAGGAAAUGCUAAAGAUUUUGAAAACUAUUGCUAUUUUUUUGUACUUAUAAAUUUUAAAAUGUAUUCUUGUAUUGAAAAAUUAACAUGUGUUUUAUGCAGUAUGACUCAUGCCAUAUCAUGAACAGGGUUUACUUAGUAAUAUUCUAGAAAGAUACCAUUCCCUUCCAGUGCUGUGAACUGUGAUUAUGCAUUCUAUGCUAAUGUGCCCUGGUUUGAUACUUUUAAUGCUUUUGAUUGAGAUUCAUGAUAGCAUUUCUGAGGUUUGCACAAAAUAGAUGAUAUGCACUGUUAAUUGUCUAAGAAAUAUGUUCAGAAAGCUUUGUUAGCCUUGAACUUGAAUAAAGGUUUUGCUUGAGAUAAUGUUGAUCUGGUGAGUGAAAAUAACUGCAAAAUCACUUCACUUAAGUUGUAUUUGCAACUGGAGUACUUUAACAAAAUACAGAUCCUGUUAUUUGUGCAAUUCAGUAUACUAUAUAAUAUACAUAAGCAUAAACAGGUUUCUUUUAGUUACCUCACAACUUGUGUAUUCGUGCCAUUGUUUCAAUUUCACUGCUUUACCAAGUUUUCUUAAAUUAAUAUGUUUAUCCUAUGGGAGAAAAUAGAAGAUUGUUGCUUAAUUCUCUGUCUAGAUGUCAGGUUAGAUAGCUAAUCUGCAUAUGAAGACAUUAAGUUAAAAAAAUAAGUUUAAUUUCAUUCAUUCUAGUUAAAAAUGAGCGAUAAAACAUUUUGUUUUAAGAACAACCCCAACAUUUCCAUUCUUAGCUGCCCCAGAAAUUUACUAAUAUCUAAAGAUCAUUUCCUGAUUUAAUAACUGAUUAAAUAAUUCAUGUUUGCAUAUCUGAAUGAUGAUGUAGCCAAUAUAUUUUGAAAUACAUAAAAGAGAAAUCUAAAAAACAAAAUAGUUUUACAGUUUCAGAAAUGAUAGUAUUAAUAUUAAUCAUUCAUUUCAGGAAGUCCACUGCUUAGUUUCAAGGAAAGUAUUUAUGAAAGGUAUUUUUAAAAAAUUACAAUGCUUUUACCACUAAAUUUUUGCACAAAAGUUUCACAACUGACUUUUAGGUUUGCUUUUUACCUUGUGUGUUAAGUAAUUCAUGGAAUAAACCUUAUAUGUUAAACCUUAUCUAAAUGCAUUCACUGGUGAGACAUGAACUAAAUAAAAGACCGCAAUUUUUAGCUCCAAAA